AUGUCGGUGCAAAAACAGGAGCUUCAGAUUUUUAGUGACCAUUCUGUGCUUUCCAGGCAUCUAUUCACAGAUUCGUCAUCCAAUUUGGUUUUGGUGACAGAUACGGUAGCGACGAAUGCAUCCUGGUUUGUCAACGCACUUGUGGAAACGGUCACUUUAGGUGGGCCCGUCUCUUUAAAUGGGAAUAACAGUGGAUCCAAUAGCGGUUUGAGCAGCAGUGAUCCCGUGAAAGUGGUAGUCGGAUCGUUUUUGAACCAUCAAUCGUAUUUUACAACUGCAUUUGACAGGUUGAAGGUACCACGGAAUAGAUACAACGUCUUACAAAUAGCAGAGGAUCUUGUUGUCAAAAACGUAGGUAAACCUGUGGAUGUAGUUAUUGAAUGGGUUUUGAAGCAGUUUGAAGAGUCGUUAUCCAACAGUCCUUCAGUGGUAAUAUUGGAAAAACCGGAAAUUUUAAUGGCACUCUUCAAGUUGAACAGUGACGAGUUGCAUUUGAAAUUGAUCAACCCUUUACUUAAACUAUGUUCCUUACUUAUAGUCGUCAACUCUGUGGAGUCCUUCGAUAACGAUUUCCCAGAACAUCUGGGUAAGGAUACCGUCGAGUUUGUAAGGUUUACCACUUCAUGUUUCCAUAAAAGUUUCCUAGUACUGUCGGUGAGACCCUUGGACACCGGUAAGGCCAAAGACGUGACCGGAACGUUGGCUAUAACCCGUGGUGGUGCCUUGCUGGAUAUUCCUGCACUACACGUUGUGGAAAACCAGUAUUUGUUCCAUGACUUGAAGGAAAAUACAACACUAUUUUACAGAUGA